AUGGGUUUUUCACUCAAUAGGUCAAUCAUCCUAGCAGCCCUGCUGGUUUUUGGGAUGUGGGCAUGUCAGCAGGUCACUUCUAGAACACUAAAUGACGAGACCAUGUUACAAAGGCAUGAGGAAUGGAUGACUCGCUAUGGACGUGUAUAUAAAGAUGACAUGGAAAGAGAAAUGCGCUUCAAGAUAUUCAAGGACAAUGUCGCAUACAUUGAAGCAUUCAACAAUGCUGGGAACCAGGCUUACAAGCUAAGCAUCAAUGGAUUUGCAGACCAAACAAAUGAGGAGUUUAAGGCCACUCGCAACGGAUUCAAGUUCCCAUCAACACCAAGAUCGAGGCAGAGCACAUCAUUUAAGUAUGAAGAUGUGACUGCCGUCCCAUCUAGCAUGGACUGGAGGAAGAAAGGAGCUGUUACCCCUAUCAAGGAUCAAGGUCAAUGUGGGAGCUGCUGGGCGUUUUCAACAAUCGCAGCUACUGAAGGAAUUACUCAACUCACCACUGGGAAACUGAUUUCACUAUCGGAGCAAGAGCUGGUUGACUGUGACAGGAGUGGAGAAGACCAAGGGUGUGAAGGCGGUUACAUGGACGGUGGAUUCACAUUUAUUGUCAAAAACAAAGGCAUCAACACCGAGGCUGCCUACCCUUACGAGGCAGCAGAUGCAACCUGCAACACAAAAGAGGAAGAUGUAUAUGCAGCCAAGAUCACGGGACAUGAGGAUGUACCUGUUAACAGCGAGUCAGCUUUGUUGAAGGCUGUUGCUAUGCAGCCUGUUUCUGUUGCCAUCGAUGCUGGAGAGUCUGACUUCCAAUUUUACUCCAGUGGUGUUUUUAAUGGAACCUGCGGUACUGAAUUAGACCACGGGGUUACAGCCGUUGGAUAUGGAACCAGUGAUGAUGGCGUCAAGUACUGGCUCGUGAAGAACUCGUGGGGCACCAGUUGGGGUGAAGAGGGAUACAUCAGGAUGCAGAGAGAUGUGGAAGCUAAGGAAGGCCUAUGUGGCAUUGCUAUGAUGGCUUCUUAUCCAACUGCUUGAUUUACGCCUUGGAAGUUACAGAUGUGGAAUCUAUGUAUAUCAAGCCUUUCUUAUUCUUGUCCAUAUGUUUCUA